AUGAUUGACGGGGUUACUUCGCAUUAUGAUUCGGAGUCGGGGUAUGAUGAGAAGAAGGUUGAUGAUUCCAUGCCACAAUAUGUGGAUGCGUUUGGUGAUGAAUCGAAUGCGGAGGUUAAGUACAAGACCAUGGAGUGGUGGCAAACUGGAAUGUUCAUGAUUGCUGAGUCCGUUUCUCUGGGUGUUUUGUCGUUACCAGCAACACUUGCUCAACUUGGUCUUGCGCCGGCCCUCGUCCUCAUCAUUGGGCUGGGUCUUCUCGCUACGUAUACCGGAUAUGUCAUUGGACAAUUCCACCAACGCUAUCCUCACAUUCAGAACCUCGCAGAUGCCGGUGAGGUUCUCAUGGGACCCUUCGGCCGUGAGCUCUUCGGAAUUGGCCAGCUACUGUUCUCAAUCUUCAUCAUGGGCAGCCACAUUCUUACUUUUAGUGUGAUGAUGAAUACCAUCACAGACCAUGGCACCUGUACUAUGGUAUUUACCACUGUUGGAUUCCUGAUCUGCAUGGUAUGCUCUCUGCCACGUACCAUGAAGAACAUGACAUACAUUUCCUGUCUGUCCUUCGUCAGUAUCCUGACUGCUGUCAUAAUCACCAUGAUUGGUGUCGGUGUGCAGGACCACGGAUACACGACUCUCCAAGCGACCGUCGACACAAACCUCUACAAAGCUUUCACUGCCGUAACAAACAUUGUGUUCGCUUACUGUGCACACGUCGCUUUCUUCGGUCUUCUCGCUGAAAUGCGCGACCCUCGCGACUUCCCCAAAGCUCUGUACAUGCUACAGACAUUCGAGAUCAUUUUCUAUACCGUCGCAGCCGUUGUCAUUUACUACUACGCCGGUCAGGAUGUCACUUCCCCGGCCCUGGGCUCCGCCGGCCCCGUUCUUAAGAAGGUUGCGUACGGAAUCGCCAUCCCUACUAUUGUCGGUGCCGGCGUUGUCAACGGCCACAUUGGUCUUAAAUAUAUCUACGUCCGUCUCUUCCGCGGAACAGACCGCAUGCACCGCCGCGAUCUUACAUCCAUUGGAUCCUGGGUAGCGAUCGGUGUGAGCUGCUGGGUCAUCGCCUGGAUUAUCGCCGAUGCCAUCCCUGUGUUCAGUGAUCUUCUCAGUCUGAUUAGCUCUUUGUUCGCUAGUUGGUUCAGCUACGGUCUUGCUGGUGUUUACUGGUUGCACAUUAACAAGGGGAAGUGGUUCUCUUCUCCACGGAAGAUCGCUCUCACCAUCCUCAAUGUUCUCAUUGUUCUUAUCGGUGGCUGCAUGUGUGGCCUUGGUCUGUACGUCUCUGGUAAGGCAAUCCACGAUGACGCGUCCAACAACAGCUUUUCUUGCGCGAGCAAUGCCAAAGUAUAG